AUGGACGCGACACCAAACAAGACGGUUGGUGCCCUGCUUGAGAAGGUGUGCCUCUAUAUACUUUCAUAUUCGGCCUCAUUUUUCGUUCAGAUGGUCUCUACAGACACAGACUAUCGGUUCAUGGGUAUCAACGAUCUGAUUAAUGAGCUUCAAGCGGACUCGCUCAGGUUAGACGCCCAGAGUGAGAAAAAAGUAGUUAAUUUGGUGCUCCAUCUUCUUCGUGAUCCAAGUGGAGAAGUACAAGGUCUGGCUGUAAAGUCGUACGUUUUCUUUUGCGUGCGUUCCUCUACACCCCGUUUUAGAUUAGGCCCCCUGACAAACAAAGUAAAGGAACAGCUUGUGAGCGCGAUUGUUAAAGACCUAAUUGUCACCAUGGACAAAGGCAAUGAUGAGCAGCUUCGUGGUGUAUGUAGCAUCGGUCUGAAGACGGUAAUCAAUUCUCUCCCGGCCACUAAUGAUGCCAGGACCAUCAUGAACGACUGUUUAGUUCCUUUGAUGCACAUGGCGGUAUCGCACACGGAUGACAACGUGCGAAUCGAAGCGUGCGAAGUUCUCGGGGAAUUAAUUAACCACCUUGGAAACCGGUUGACCGCACAUAACAGAGAUUUGCUAGACUGCAUGCUUUGCAAUCUGAGCAGCCAGCAAAACACACUAAGAAAACGUGCCACACAGGCUUUGGGUGGUUUGGCGUGGAUUGUAUCCCCAGAUCUACUUGCGUCUCUCUUUGUGUACUUACUAUCUCGCCUACGGAACGCCAGUCUCUUCGUCUGUUCGUCUGGCAAGGAGUUUUCAGAUGAGCAGGUUACCGCAAUGGUUGCCGAUCACCCGCUACUUCAACGUCCCUUACUGAUUGACCAGCUCAAGCAAUCAGCCUCUAGUGAACUGGUGAAGACCAUGUUGCAGUGCCUCAAUCUGAUUUCACGACAGUUACUUCGCACACCUCAGCAGAUACAACCGGUAACACAACUGUUGGCAUGGAUAUUGCAACAACCAGGAUCGGCCGGUGCAGCGGACAUGGACGACGUUCAUGAGCUGGCUAUCCAAAGCCUAGAAACUGUGGUUCGUUGUUGUCCUCGUGUCAUUUUGCUUAACUUACCUGAGCUCAUAGCCUUGCUUUGUGACCGUCUGCAAUACGACCCGAAUUAUGAAUACAACGUUGGUGAGGACGACAUGACCGUGGAUAAUAGUGAUUCAGAGGGAGAGGAUGAGGAAGCGGACUACUCGGAUGACGAAGAUUACUCUUGGAAAGUCCGUCGAGCAGCAGCCCGAGCUUUGGAGGCUGUGGUGCUUACCUAUCCUGAGAAAACCGCUGACUUCUACCAGAGUAUUGCGCCAUUGCUUAUCAAACGGUUCAACGAUCAUGAGGAGCCUGUCCGGUUGAACAUUUUCUCCUGUUUUGCCACCCUCCUUCGUCAGACACGCAUCACACCAUCCGCAAGUAGUGUUUCUUUCCACAGUCAACCUAAAGUAACCGAGUCCUACUAUCAUCAACACAUGAAUUAUUCUCACUUACACACGCGGACAACAUCUCCGGACUGUUCCAUCUCUCAAGCAUGUCUGCAUGAACUUGCAGCCCAACUCAAGGACCCAGAGAGUGCACAAUCCCGUCUACUUGCGUUACUGCCUACAAUCUGUCAAGCUGUUCAACGACAAGCAUCUGUUACUUCGAGACGAGCGGCAUCUAGUCGUGGCGCGCCUGGAAUUCAACACGUCGCGUUCAUGCUUAAUCGUGACUUGGCACUCGCUCUUCCAGGUCAUUUGGGUGAGCAUCUGAACAACAUCUUCACUCUGAUACAUACUUACUCUCAAGAUCCUACCACCAACAAUACAGUAAAAAUAGAUAUGGUCAACCUUGUCGUUCUACUAUUGGGCACCCAUAAUCCGGUAUGCUUCACGUCCAACCUAAACCUUCUGGUCCAACUUGCUCUUUGGGCAAUGCACGAUCCAUUCUAUCGUGUUGCCCUGGAGGGAUUGGAGUUAACCCAGAUACUAUCAUGCUACUUACGACAGCUAGGUCAAGAAGGACAAACACAGACACUGUUGGCUCCACUUUACACUUUACUCGAGGCUAACGAGCGGGACCUUGAGCUGAAGGAGAAGGCAGUGACUUCAGCUGCGGUUUUCAUCAAUCAACUGGGUGACUUGAUUGGAGCAGACCGUUUGGAACAAUGCUUGGAAGUGCUGUAUCGUCGACUCACCAACGAACUUACUCGCCUCACAACCGUCCGCGCAAUCCACAUCAUUUCGGUAUCACCAUUCACACUGAACUUGAGACAAUUCCUACCAAAAGCCUCCGACGAAUUAGCUACCUUCUUGUCGAAGAAUGAUCGACUUUUGCGUCUGGCCACCCUACGUUGUCUUUACACUAUCUGGUCGAAGCAUCCCGGUCUGGUUGGCCCACACUGUUUGGACACGGUUUUUGAAGUGCUACCAAAACUGCUUACUUCCGAACAAGACCAACUGGCUAUCCAUCUGGUAUCAUUGCUUUUGGAAUCAUUCAGUGCAGAACAUAAUGGUCUGGAUGAUCGUAUCACCCAGUUCAUAACUACCAAUGCUUUUGUUCAACCCGUCAUCGGAUUGGCCCACUCUCCGCUGUUGCGAGGACAAGCAUUGGGGGCUAUGUUACGUCUCAUGCGCGCAAUUGGUCGACGCGCGAUUCGAAGUGGGCAGGAACAAGGCGGAAUCAUGACGUUGUUCUUGUCGCGGCUCCUGGCUCCACUGAAUGGCAGUGGGCUGUUGGUGGUUUCGGGUUCUACCUCCCUCUUCCUCCUUCAUCGAGACGCCCUACCUAGUCUUGCUCAGUGCGUGGCCGAACUGCUAGCCGAGUUGCCUACUGUGUCCUCCUCUAGUACAGCUUCCAUUUCGGUCGCAUCCGUUGGUGUCGCUGUAGACCGCCUAAUUGCAGCCGUCAGGAACCAGGACUCCUCGGUCACCCAAAUCUAUUUGAAUCUCUUAAUCCUCGGCGAAUUGGGACGGAAAGUGGACUUGAGCGAUCGGAAAGAUCUCCGCGAAAUCUUCAUCUCUACCCUGUCAGCUCAACCUUCCCAUACUUCGAGUAUUCCAGGAGGUCCAGUUUUAGCAAAUGGCGUGUCAGUCAUUGAAGAGGUUAGACCGGCUGCCGCAUUGGGCUUAGGUCGACUUGUUGUCGGUCAACCCCAAUCACUUCUACCAAUUUUGGUUGCACGAAUAUCCGAAGUGGCAUCAGUGCACACUACCACCACACAGGGUGAUCCCAGUGGGGUUGGACAUCAACACCAACUCUACCAUAUGCUUCAAGCCUUGCGCGAAGUUUUGGUGCAUCUGGCCGGAUACAGCACGAGUGCUUUAUUGAAAAAGCAUCUGGAUGAUAUCUGGUGUCUACUGAUGGCUAGUUCUGGUUUACCCGAAGAGGGUACUCGCCUGGUUGUUGCCGAAUGCCUUGGUCGUCUGAUCCUGGUCUCUCCUAGGGACCUCAUCAAUCGGCUUAGACGACAGCUCGCCUCUGCUGAGGCUAGUUGUCCUUUAGUCCGAUGCACCCUUGUAACCGCAAUCAGGUCGAUCCUAAUUGCUACCGACUUGGACACGAAUUCCCAUCAUCCUAUGCUGUCAGGACAAAGCCGCUUGGACAGUUUCGAUUGGACUACUAUUGGUCUGCUUCCCUCUGGUCUCUUGCUUUCAACCGUGGCAUCAUCACCACUGCAACAACACGAGUUCGACGACCCUGAGAAAACUACCCGAACCGCCGUGCUGGUUGAAGUUGACUCCAUCUUGCGGUCGGAACAACCACCUCCUUUGCUCGAUUUUCUCAGCCGCUUAGCUGACCCGGAUAUACUUGUUCGACGUGCUUCUCUCAUUGCACUCAACACCGCUGCACAUCACCGUCCUGGUCUUGUUCGUCCCCUCCUAAACAUGCCACUGGAUCUCUCUGGUCAUGUGACUACGCUGUUGAAGCUUCUGUACGGAGAAACAGUUGUUCGUCCGGAACUGAUCCGUGAAGUUGAAAUGGGUCCGUUUAAGCGGAAGGAGGAUGAUGGCCUGGAUCUUCGAAAGUGUGCAUUCGAGUGCAUGUUCACACUGCUCGAAAACUGUUUGGACAAGUUAGUCAUGUCCGAAUUCUUGGAUCCACUGAUCAAGGGAUUGAAGGAUCACACAGACAUUCAGCUUCUUUCCUACCAAAUACUUCAGCACGUGGCAUGUGUACGGCCACUGGAAAUCGCCGCAAAAAUGGAGGCCCUUAGUGUACCGCUCAAAGCCGUCCUGCUGUCCAAACCCAAAGAAGACUGGGUCAAGCAGGAACUGGAAAAACAGCAGGAACUAUCACGUGCCGCUGUUGCUGCAAUCGUUCAGUUCAAAUCCAUCGAAAAUAUUGACAAGAACAGAAGCUACUUAGAUCUUCUGCGGACAAUUGAGACGGAACCUGCGCUCAAAUCGAUGUACACUACAAUGGCAGCUCAAGAUAAUCCGGCAUCUUUUUCUCGGAAAAUCUCUGGCGCCGCGCCUUCGUAUGCCUACAAUCCCUGAACACCCUCUGGUUAAUAACAUAUAAGUGCCGUGUUCAUUCACAUGUACCUGUUUGCUGUCAGGUUCCAUCGCUUUUGUGCAUUCUAUGGAAUUCUUUAUCCUCCAAGCGUUCUCUUUUGUCCUAAAAGUGUGGAUUAAACCCUCCAUUUCCUCCUCACUAGGUAUAUUUCUACGUCUGUUUCUAAAUUUCCCUGCUAACUUCUUCCCAUCCGCCGUCAAAUAGACACUAAGCCGUUCCACGAGAAACAGCGUGUCGCAACUCAUCCAGUUGUCCCUCAUUCUGUGUUGCCUUUUUGAAUUUCCCUAUCGUUCGUCCCGGUUCUUACACUUGAUGCGUCACAUUUUCUUCGGCAUCAAUUUAGCAACCCUUUCAUUGCCACAAUCACAACCGCCACAGCCUUCCAAUUCAGAUCAUUAAAAAUAUUCUCUUGCUUUUCUUUGCUUAUCGAUGCCAUAGUUUUGGCUUCGUUGGUUCAUGCCCUUCGUGUUUGCUGUUCAGUGGGUUGGAU